AUGAAGACCUCCAUGAACAUCAUCAUUUUCUUCGCAGUCGUUCUCUCCAUUUCUGCAUUCUCCUCAGCCAAAACGAGCCAUGUGGAAGCUUGCAUAAGAAGAAACCUCGCUCAGUCGCUUUCUCCUUCUCCUUCAAACGAACCCGAAACAACUCAUUUCGAGGUGGCAGAAGAAAUAUGCGGAGACGAGACAAGAAUCGUCAUGUACUUCUUGAAACUGAACGGAAAGUUCCCACAUUACUACGUCAGGGCGUUGUGCAAUAUAUUUGGAGACGACGAAAAGGAUGUGAAGGAAUACGUUAUUAAGAAAUGGUUGAUUCAUUCGGAGAAUCUCAUCAACAGUUUAACGUGUGCUUCUCAUUAA